AACACGCAUCAGAUGAUGCGGCCGGCCUUAUUACCGUCACGUUAAACGGAUCAGAUCCACAGACACUGGCGACGCGAGCGUCUGUCUCUGCCCUUGGGCUCGUGCAAAGCGCGUAUGUGUGUGUAGGGGGUGUUUCUGUUCGUUCUGGCGGCGGGAAGAGCGACGGGAGAGUUUGCGGCUCUGCGAGCCUCAGCUGUUCAGGCGAGCAGGCAUCUUCUGCGCUGGGCAGUUUUGUCCUCACCUGCUCUCCGUAUGUUAGUCGUCUCCGUCUCCACCUAAUUUAGCUCCGCGCACGUAGGAACAGAGACUGGCCGGAGAAGGAGCCCCUGCCGGCUUUACCCAGAAAUAAAUGAAGACAUUCAGCCUGAGUCUGAGGAAAACUGAUUGCUAAGAAUGCAGAUUUGAAGUCCAUCGUGGUAGUUCCAGUAGAAAGAUGCUGGCUCUGAGUAAGAUGACUGUUCCCUUGAAUCCCCCAAACUUGGAUGUACAAGAACAAAACAGAGCCCUGAAAGUAUAUACCACCAUAGGAAGAGAGAAAAAAUUUAAUCCAGAAGCUUCUCGCCAGAACUUCAGAUGUUUUCCAUACCCGGAGAAGGCUGGACCCCGUGAAGCUGUGAACCAACUCUGGGAACUCUGCCUUCAGUGGCUGAGGCCCGAGCUUCACUCCAAGGAACAGAUCCUGGAGCUGCUGGUGCUAGAGCAAUUCUUGACCAUCUUGCCCAGUGAGAUCCGGAUUUGGGUGAAAUCACAGUGUCCAGAGAAUAUUGAGGAAGUGGUCACCCUGGUGGAAGAUUUGACCCAAAUCCUUGAGGAGGAAGUUUCAUGUUCCUGUGAUUCUUCUCUUCUUCAAGAAGAAAGCACAGAGAAGGAAGAAAUGUUCCCAGUAACCAAAUUUCUGGAAUCAGUGACUUUCAAGGAUGUGGCUCCUGACUUCACUUGGGAAGAGUGGGAGCAACUGGAACCUGUUCAGCAGGACCUCUGCAGAGAUGUGCUGUUGGAGAACUAUAGGAACUUAGUUUUUCUUGGGCUCUCAACUUCCAAAUCAAAAGUGACCUCCCAGAUAGAACAUAUGGAAGUGCCAUGGAUGCUGGAGAGUGAGGCUCCAAGAGACAUCAAUCUAUAUUGGGACCCUGGACCUUCUGAAGCUAAGGAGUUAUUUCCAAAGUGGAAAACUUCUGUAGAUGAUUCCUCUCAGGAGGCCACAAUAAAAGGACAUAAUUCCUGGAGCUUUGAACUGGGAGAAGCCUUUAAAUGUUAUGACAUGUUGUUGUGGCAUCAAGGCCAACAGGGAAAUCAUUUGAAGCUAGGAACAGUCACUCAUGAGGAAAAUCCAGAUAAGGUUAGACGUUUCAAAAACAGUGAAUUUGGAAGAAGAUUUAAUCUGAGCUCAAUGCUAAUUACACAACAGAGAAUUCCUUUAGUAAAUAAUUUCUCUAAAUAUGAUAUACAUGACAAGAGAUUCAAAGAUAAUUCAGAACUAUCUGAAUGCCCAAAAAUUUAUGCAGAAGAGGAAUCUUCCAAGUAUAAAGGAUUUGGGAGUGUUUUCAGUCAGGAUUUACAACUUAAUCUCCAUCGUACCCAUCAUUCUAGAGAAAAAUCUUAUAAAUGUAAUGAAUGUGGGAAAGCCUUCACCAAAUGGGCAAACCUUACUCGACAUCAAAGAAUUCAUUCUGGAGAAAAACCCUUUAAGUGCAAUGAAUGUGGAAAAGCCUUUACUCAGAGGGCACAACUUACUCAACAUCAACUUACUCAUAGUGGAGAGAAACCAUUUAAGUGUUAUGAAUGUGGAAAAGCUUUUACCCAGAGGGCCCAUGUAACUCAACAUCAGCUUACUCAUAGUGGAGAAAGACCUUAUAAAUGUAAUGAAUGUGGAAAAGCCUUCACCAAUCGAGGAAUACUUACUGAUCAUCAGAGAAUUCAUUCUGGAGAGAAACCCUACAAAUGCAAUGAAUGUGGGAAGGCCUUUACCAAGAGGGGAAUACUUACUCAACAUCAGAGGAUUCAUUCUGGAGAAAAACCCUAUAAAUGUAAAGAAUGUGGGAAAGGCUUCAACCGGAGCACACACCUUAGUCUACAUCAACACACUCAUAAUCAAGAGAAACCAUUUAAGUGUAAUGAAUGUGGGAAAGCUUACAGCCAAAUUUCGCAGCUAAAUACUCAUCAAAAAGUUCAUUCUGCAGAGAAACCUUAUAAAUGUAAUGAAUGUGGGAAAGCCUACAGUCAGAUAUCACAGUUUAAAAUUCAUCAAAGAAUUCAUUCUGGAGAAAAACCCUAUAAAUGUAAUGAAUGUGGAAAAGGUUUUAACCGGAAGACACACCUUACACGACAUCAGAGGAUUCAUACUGGAGAGAAAAACCUGAUUAUAGUAGGGACUUAAUGAAUGUUUUUUGAAUUGAACUGAAGUGUUUGGUUGAAUUUUAAAUAGCCUAUGUCUAACAACAUUGCCAUAAUUUAAAAGGCUAGCUACCCUUCAGAGAAGAAUAUAUUAGUUUUGCAUGCUUGGUGAAGUUAUGCUGAACUUUUCAUCAUCUCUACUUCCCUAUUUUUUGUUUUUAUUAAUUUGAGAAACAUACUUUUUCAAAUACAAAGAAAAAAAGAUUGUAUAUAAUACUGCAAAUCAAGUGUAUAUUAAAUUAAACAUUGUUUAACAUAACCCUGUGUAUUGUGUUCUUUUCUGAAUUUUUUUUUAAUGCAUGUUUUUCUAACAUUUUCUUGAUAUGCUUCUCUCUGUCUUUUUAUUUCUCUCCUCACAUCAUCACUUCCACAUGCUUUAACUUACCCAUCCUAAAUAAAAGUUUUCCCUUAUGAAAGUAUAAUGAAGUAAAAUAAAUCCACACAUUCUCCAUAUUUCAAAAUGUGUCUUACUCUUAUCUCUGUUUAUUACUUUGUUGCCAAGGUGACAUUUCACUCCACCUUUUCAUAUCUUCCCAGGUUUCUCUGAAUCCUUACCUUUUGUCAGUUAUGACAUCUCAAUAAUGUUGUUACAUUCCAUAUGCAUUUCUCAGUUCUUUAAUUUCCUGACCUAUGCUAUAGUAAAGAGUGUUGCAGUAAAUAUUUUUAUGUAUAAGUCAUUUCCAAUGUUGCUCUCUUUGGGGUAUGUGUGUAGUAGAGGUGUUAUUGAUCAAAAUGUAAUGACUUCUCAGGCAUAGCUCCAAAUUGCUUUCCAAAAUGGUCAAACUAAUUCAUAGCUCCACCAAGAGUAGAUUAGAGUGCCUCUUUUCCUCCAGCUCCUUUUACAAUUGUCAUUUCUUUUUUUGAUCAUCUUUGCCAAAUUAGUGGCUCUAAAGUAAAACCUCAAAGU